UACUGUGACGCGUUAUGCUGCGUUGACGGCCGGUUGUCUAUGGGAGUUCUCGGUCGCAAGAUUUAGUGGCUUCUCAUUUUAUGAUCAGUGAAUUAAGAGGAAUUAAUUUAUAUCUAUGUAUGAGAGUGAAUAAAAUAACUAUUUGAAUAUGGCUUUGGAGGGUGUGAAAAGUGAAAAAAGUGAGGAAAACAACGGUAACGUACCGGACGGCAAGGCGAACGGGAUUGACAACAAAAGUAAACAGAUAGACCCCAACACAGCAUUUCUGCGCGCGGCCCGCGGCGGCCAACUUGACACAGUCGUCGAUUUGCUCGACUCCGGAGCUGUCAAAGACAUUAACACAUGUAAUUCGAACGGACUCAACGCUUUACACUUAGCUGCCAAAGAUGGUCACAUUGCAGUUGUAGAAGAGCUAAUAAAGCGCGGCGCGGUCGUCGACGCGGCCACAAAAAAAGGAAACACAGCGCUUCACAUAGCAUGUCUCGCCGGCCAAGAAUCCGUAGCGCAGGCGCUGCUUGGCGCAGGCGCAAAGGCGGACGCGCAAUCCGCGGCGGGAUUCACCCCUCUGUACAUGGCCGCGCAGGAAAACCACGCGGGAUGUGUCAAAAUGCUACUAGCAGCGGGGGCCAGCCAGACCCUCGCCACUGAGGAUGGCUUCACACCCUUAGCGGUGGCGAUGCAACAAGGUCACGACCGAGUGGUGGCCGAACUACUGGAGUCAGACACGAGGGGCAAGGUGCGGUUACCGGCGCUACACAUUGCAGCUAAGAAGAACGAUGUUAAAGCUGCUACACUGUUACUCGAAAACGAACACAACCCAGAUGCAUGUUCAAAGUCGGGCUUCACUCCCCUCCAUAUCGCAGCGCACUAUGGGAACGUGGGAGUGGCCAAGGCUCUGCUGCAAGCGGGCGCGGACCCCGGCAGGGCCGCCAAACACAACAUCACUCCGCUACACGUGGCCAGCAAGUGGGGGCAGUUGACUAUGGUCGACUUAUUGGUGGAAAACGGUGCAAAUAUAGCAGCAAUGACGCGCGAUGGGUUGACGCCGUUACACUGCGCGGCGCGGUCGGGUCACAGCAACGUUGUGUCGCGGCUCUUACACCACGGAGCUCCCAUUACGAGCAAGACUAAGAACGGUCUUACCCCUCUCCACAUGUCCGUUCAAGGCGAACACGUGGAGACGGCGAAGGUUCUCCUGUCGGAGGGUGCCCCCAUCGAUGACGUCACCGUAGACUACCUCACAGCCCUGCACGUCGCGGCGCAUUGUGGUCACGUCAAGGUAGCAAAGCUUCUUUUAGACAGAAACGCUGACGCUAACGCCCGAGCACUGAACGGCUUCACACCACUGCACAUUGCAUGCAAGAAGAACAGGCUCAAAGUGGUUGAGUUACUGCUCAAAUAUGGUGCGAGUAAAUCGGCAACAACAGAAUCAGGGUUGACACCACUGCACGUAGCGUCUUUCAUGGGUUGCAUGAACAUCGCGCUCGUGCUAGUGGGUGCGGGUGCGGACGCAGACGCUGCCACAGCGCGGGGGGAGACUCCCCUCCAUCUGGCAGCGAGGGCGCAUCAGACCGACCUUGUUCGAGUGUUGCUGAGGAACAAUGCCAAGGUGGAAGCUCGAGCCCGUGAAGAACAAACUCCAUUGCACGUGGCCGCUCGACUCGGUCACGGCGACAUUGCGGCGCUAUUGUUACAACACGGAGCACAAGUCGCUGCCACCACCAAAGACAGAUACACGCCUUUACACAUCGCUGCUAAGGAAGGCAAAGAAGAAGUAGCAUCCAUCCUCCUCGACAACAACGCUCCCAUAGAAGCGGAAACACGCAAAGGAUUCACGCCACUCCACCUAGCGGCAAAGUAUGGAGAUAUAGGCGUAGCGAGACUACUCCUAGCAAGAGGGGCUCAACCGGAUGCCCCGGGGAAAAGUCAUAUCACACCCCUCCAUAUGGCCACUUAUUAUGGACACCCGGACAUCGCUUUACUGCUAUUAGACAAAGGUGCCUCCCCCCAUUCUUUGGCGAAGAACGGACACUCGGCACUACACAUCGCAUGUCGGCACAAUCAUCCCGAUAUAGCGUUUGCGUUAUUGGAACAUGAUGCAGACCCCAGCGUAAAGUCAAAAGCCGGAUUCACACCACUUCACAUGGCAGCUCAGGAGGGCCACGAGGAUUGUGUUGAGAUGUUGAUCGAACGAGGUGCCGACGUCAAUGUACCAGCCAACAAUGGUCUGACUCCAGUCCACUUAGCGGCAGCGGAAGGUCGCACAGCAGUUCUGAAAGCGCUUUUAGGCGCGGGGGGGAGGUGCGGGGUGCGGACUCGCGAUGGGUACACGCCUCUGCACGCAGCGGCGCAUCACGGACACCACGCGGCCGCAAAAACAUUGCUGGAGGCUGGCGCUGACGUCACCGCUAAAGCCGCUCACGGAUUCACUCCACUCCAUCAGGCCGCACAGCAAGGUCACACGCUUAUCAUACAACUUCUUUUGAAGAGCAAUGCUGACCCCAAUGCGCUAUCGGCGAACGGUCAGACAGCGUGUGCGAUAGCAGACCGCCUGGGCUACAUCAGCGCAGUGGAAGCCUUAAGGCCGCUCACUGAAAACACUCUGAGCCAGGCAGUUGGUGAUACUGGUGGCUUAGAAGGCAAAUACAGGGUCGCGGCGCCUGAGCUCAUGCAGGACACAUUCAUGAGCGACUCCGAGGACGAGGGCGGAGAAGUGGAGUGUCCUAUCCAACAGCAACAGCAAUACCGUUACAUGAACAGCGAAGCGGGCACGUUGAACCGCGCACGGCCGCUGGAGGACAGCGUCACGGAUGGACACCUCUGGCCCAGCAACAAUGACAGCCGCGUCGCCACCAUCGAACGACAGCCGCUCGACAUCGGAUUUCUGGUGUCAUUCGUGGUGGACGCGCGAGGUGGUGCCAUGAAGGCAAAGCGGCGCGGCGGAGUUCGCAUCAUCGUUCCGCCCGCAGCUUGCGCCGCACCUACCAGAGUUACAUGCAGAGCAGCCACACGCCGUGCUCCUGUAGCAGCGCCGCCGCCGUUAAUGGAAGGCGAAGCCCUGGCUUCAAGAUUGCUGGAAUUACAACCACAGGGAGCCAAAUUCUUAGGACCCGUAAUCAUCGAGGUGCCAAUCUUCACGGCGUCGUGCCCCGAAAGAGAGAUCGUGAUACUGAGGUCUGACACCGGCGAGACAUGGCAGGACCACUACCUGCACAACAAUGACAACCCUAUGAUACAAGAAGCGUUAACUCGCGAAAGGCAAGAUCACGGAAACAGCGGCGAAAGUCUCGGGGAGGCUGGAGAGAGGGUAACACGUAUUAUCACAUGCGACUUCCCACACUACCUGGCCGUGGUGUCCAGGGUGCGGCAAGAAGUGCACAUCAUCGGGCCAGAAGGAGGCACCAUAUCGUCUGCACAUAUACCACAGGUUCAAGCGCUGUUCCCACCGCAAGCGCUCACCAAACGCAUCCGCGUAGGCCUCCAAGCGCACGGAGCCAACAACACGCUCUGCCGACGGGUGCUGCCCAGACACGCGGCGGUCUCACCCGUGCUGACCGUCGAACCGCGCAGGAGGAAAUUCCACCGCAGCAUCACCCUCACCGCGCCUCUACCACAUCCUGCUGAUCAAAAGAUCAACAGUCACGAUAAGCAAUCUACGGCAAACCUUCGGCUGCUAUGCUCCAUAAUGGGCGGGCAAGCGCGCGCUGUAUGGGAAGACGUCACUGGAUCCACGCCUCUUACCAUCACGGACGAUUGCGCUUCCUUCACCACCACCGUUUCAGCCAGAUUCUGGUUGAUGAAUUGUCAAAAUGUUAGCGACGCAACAAAACUAGCAACGGAAUUAUACAGAGAGAUGCUCUUGGUGCCAUUUGAAGUGCGAAUCGUGGUGUUGGGCAAAAGACUCGACGCAUUAGAAGGACGGUUACUCGUACUCUACAUCACCGAUAGAUAUGCUUACGAUACCCUACUGCAUCAGGAGCAUUACACAGAAGUGGCACACUCGACCUCCGUUCGGUUCCUGGACAGCAAACCUGUGUACCUAGAGUUCUCCGGAAAUCUCGUACCCGUUACCAAGUCGGGCACGCAACCCAACUUCAUCUUUGAGGCCUUCAAGGACAACCGUGUGGAAUUCACCGUACGCGUCAAACAUCACGAGGAGAACCCGUCUGGCAGAAUUUACUUCAUGAAUGAACCUAAGGUUGCGAAAGGCGAACAGUCUCCAAAUCCCGCGUGUGUGUUGGACGUGUCUCUGCCUGAACGCAUCGCCCCAAGGGCCGCAAAGAGCCACCUCGACUGCCUCAAUUUAGACCAGUCUGGAUUCGAUGCCCUCAAGGACGAGUUGAGCUUCCACUGGGGAGAUCACAACCACAGCAUCAAUCCGCCAGCCAUCCCUGAAGAUGAGCCGCUACAACUCAACGGGCAUGAUAAAACUAUCGCUAACGGCGAUGUCAAGUAUCCCACAAAGGAUACAGAGGAAAAGGACACAAAGCCGCACGUAAAUGGUGACACCCUGCACGUUGAUUCCAAUAAAACAAAAGCUACUUUUGAUUCCGACGAAGACAAGACGCCAAUGAACACUCUUGAGAAGGGUAAAAAGAAGCCUGAAGGAGGAUCUUUUCUUGGUGGGCUUGCUGAUAAAGUUAAGAAUGUGUUCAGUCACAGUGACGAUAAAGAUAAUGACAGCAAGGAAUCUUCUCCCAAACCUCAACCUAAACCACGUGAAUCUAAGGAAAAGACCCCACCGAAACCAGCCCCAAGAAUCAUAAAUGAAGAUAUACUUGAAAAAGUUGAAGAUAUGUUUAAGGAUGUACGUCAAAAACCACAUAUCAAAGACGACGAUGACAUUAACAGCCAAGUUUAUUCAACUAAAUUGAUAGUAGAUGAAGAAGACCCUAAAGAUACACGCAUUACUACCGAAGAAGUUUACCACCAGUAUCAGCAUAUGCAGCCUGUAGAGACACCUUUGCAUUGCAAGACCACCGACCCAUUUCAGUUCUAUGACGACUGCUGUAAAGGUAAAUUCAAGAAAGGAGAAAAACAUAGUCACGAGGAGACCUCUAACUUAGCCGACAGAAUAGAACAAGUAAAGUUCACUACGCAUGAAACGUUACAAGAAAUUGCCGAUGGUCCUCAACGUGAGUUGCAAGACGCCUUAAAUAAAGCCAAAAAUGAAAAUGGCAAUGUCCAACAGCAAACCAACGAAAUACAAGAAAAUAUUAUAGUAAAGUCUGAAAAUAUUAAAAACGAUCUUAUUAGUAAGGAAGAAAAAUUAAAGUCAAAUGUCCAGGACGAUGAAGUGAGACUAAAUGAUGCAUUCUAUAAUAAGUUAGAUGACGUUUCAAAAACAGUAAUAAAAGUGCAAGAUGAUCUGAAUGAUAAAGACUAUGAUUUUCUUGACACUGCUCAUAUGUCUCUUGAUGACUCUAAAAAAAAGUUAACCGAUAAAGUUCAUUUAGUUGAUUUUGCCGCAAUAGAAAGAGGCGAACAAAUGAAACUUAGUGGUCAAGAGAAGAUAUCACAGAUGGGAAAAUCAUUUGAAUAUGCAGUAGAUGAUGUACAUACCCAAGCACAAGAUAAGACAAAUUCUGAUUCAAAUAAUAUUAAUGAUUUAAAGCUGGAAGCAGAACGUGAAGUUGAAAGUAUUAAAAACUCUUUGAAUGAAAAAGCAAGUGAUGCUAAAGAAAAUAUUAAAAACAAUGUGAACAAUGUAAAAAAAGAAACUGAAGAAAUAAUAGAGAAAGCCAAACUUGCAACUAACGAAAAAAUUAAUGAAGUAAAUGAAUCUAUUGAAGUUGUUAAAGAAAAGGGAAAGAAAGCCAAGUCAAAAGCAGAGAAAAAAUCUAAAGAUGGUAAAAACUUCUUUACUGGUUUAGUUCAUAAUAUUUUUGGUGAGAAAGACAAAAUUGAGGAUGAAGUUAAAGGGAAAGUAGCCGAGGGCAAAAAGUCAGCAAAAGAAGCAGCUAGACAAGCUUCCGAGGCUAAAGAUAAUUUAGAAGACAAUAUUGCUAGAGAAAAUGAAAGAAUUCGACAAGAGACAGAGACAUUUUUGCAGAGCGCAAAAGAUGAAAAAGACGUAUUUGUUAAAACCGUUCAAGAAAAAAAAGAUGAUGUUAUACAGAUUGCCCAGGAAAAGUCAGAAGAAAUUGCCAAUGGUAUACAAAACAAAAAAGAUGAACUGAUUCACAGUGGACAAGGAAAAACAGAAGAAUUUAUUAAAAACGUGGAAGAUAAAAGCAAUAAUUUAGUACAAGACGCUCAUAGCAUUGCACAAAAAGGUGUGACAGGUGUGCAAGAUAAAACAGACGAAUUAAAAUGCCAUGUCCAAGACAAGACGGAUGAAAUUAUUAAAAACGUUGAAAGUAAAAAAGAGCACUUAGUGGAAAGUACAAAAGAUGCCACCGAAAAUGCGAUCACUGACAUACAAAAUAACAAAGAUGAAUUAGUAAAGAGUGCAAAAGAUACCACUGAAAAUGCUGUCAAUUGUGUUAAAGAUAAGAAGAACGAAUUGAUACAAAACGCAAAACACACCGUUCAUUUUGCACAAGAAAAAACAAACGAAUUAUUAGAAAGUGGUAGAGAUAAAAAGGAUGGCAUUUUAAAUGAUGUACAACAUGAGAAAGAUAUAUUGUUAAAAAAUACACAAGAUAUUGUUAAAAAUGGGCAAGAUAAGAAAGAUGAACUAAUUCAAACUGCAGAAAGUGUAACUGAAAAAGUUAUAGGUAGUGUGUAUGAAAAAAAAGGUGAAAUGAAGCAAAAAGCGCAAGCUCAAACUGAGGAUAUUGUCCAAUUAGUAACGGGCCAACAAGAGAAGCUAGCAAAAAGCGCAGAAAAUAAAAGUGAAGAAUGUACUGAAAGUAUUAAAGAUAAAGCAGGAGACGUCGUUAAGAAUGUUGAAGAUAAACAGAAUGAAGUGACACAAAGUGUACAGAAUACGAAAAAACAAUUAGAAGAUUUUCUAUCUAAUGAGAAAAAUGAAUUUGAAACAGCUUUACAUCACAAAAUCGCUGGGGCUGAUGAAGCGCUUAGAGAUACUAAAGCCGGUAUAGAAACUGCGAUCUUAGAUAAGAAAAAUAAAUUGACAAAUGCCAAAAAUGCAGUACAGUUCGAAGCUGAAGACAGAUUAAGUAGAAUAAUUCAAGAAGCUGAACAGACUACGGAUGAAAUAAAAAGAACGGCUGAAGAUACUAUAAAUGCCGCAGCGGAUAAAAAAAUUAAAGUGGAAGCUAAAAUGGCUAACAAAGUAAAUGAUAUAAAAGAUUGCGGAAAAGAAAAAAUAGAGAGGGUAAAAAAUGUUGCAAGCGAGAAAGCAAAUGAAUUACAAAAGUCAGCAAAGGAAUCGUUUGUCCAUGUUCAGGAUUCAGCCUCCAGCGCUUUCGAUCAGGUUGAAAGUGCCGCGACGGAUAAAGUGAACGAAGCUAAAUAUACGUAUGAAGAUUUGCACAGUUCCGCUCGAGAUACAUUUGCCGAUUUUCGAGAUGACGUUCAAGGAUUAGAAAGCUCUGCUCAGGACACACUGCAUAGUUUUCAGAGUUCAGCGGGUAACACGUUCGACAGUCUAGAUGAAUCAGUGCGUGAGUUCAUGGGUGGUACGCAAAACACUGCUUCGAAAACGGAGGAAAAUGCUAAACAAUUGUUCGGAAAUGCGCAAGACACUUUUGAAGGUUUCCAACUAGCGGCUGGUAAUAAACUAGAGGAUAUAAAAGGAUCAGUAAAAGAUAGAUUAGAAGAGGCUGAUGAAAGGUUGGAAAAAACUAAAGAAAAUGUUAAAGAGGGUGUGAGAGAAACUGAUGAGGCUGUGGCUGAUACACUCGCGAAUGAAGCUGACAAGUUCACGAGCAGUCUUAAUGAUUUGGGAAAUUCUGUCUUCGGGCGAUCCGGCAAAGGAUUACUGAAGGAUUCCAGCACGAAACUGCUUGAAUCAGAAAAAACACAGUCUUCACCACACAAGAAAAGUUCGGGUUUUUUCUCCAAACUUCGCCGCAAUCCGUGAAAACUGACGGUGUCUUCGGGCCUCGUCUUUCAUGGAGCGAUAUUAUAUUUAGAUGUAAGCGACAUUCUACUAACUAUUUGAAAUAGCUUAAGAAUGGAGUAAAUUUAUAUAAUACAAGAUUGAUUAUUGGCGUUUUCACACCAAACAAUCGUAGUUUUCUUGGAAGAUUUUUGAUUCUCCAGCAAUUCUAAAAUUUCUAGUAUAGUUGGUAAUAAUUGACAAAUGUACCGUAAUGUACCUAACUUAUGCGCAAUGCAUGUCAAAUCCGGGUUAAAUUUGAAUUUGUAAUGCCUAUUACAAAUCAAAUAACAUGUAAUUUUGUGACGUAAAAAAUCAAUAGUACCUACUCGUAUAAAGAGGUGCCCAAAUUUACUUCUCAAAUUAUAUAACCCAUGCAGUUCUAGUGGGCAUCCUCCUUUAGUAGAAAAUUAUACCUAAAAAUAAUAGAUUGUUUGGUGGAAAACUGUCCAAUGUCCAUGCCGUUCAAGGCGUUAUGUAAGCUAAACUUUGCAUAUAUUUAUUAAUAUACCUAGAACGUGUUAGUGAGAGAGGUCACGAUACAUAACUGCCGAUCGAUUGUACACCAACAAUAAUUUGUAGGCCUAAAAGUAGCGCCAUCUAGUGUCAUCAAACAUGGUUAGUUAGCCUGUCUACCUACUUCGUUUCAGAACAUGAACUGUUCCUUUAUUCGCUGCUGUUUCAAAUAGGUCUCUAGGUUAUUUAUAAUCUGGCUACUAAGAGGUAAACGAGAUAGAAAGUGUGUUGCGAAAUUAGUCGCAACAUCGCAGUGGACAACAUGGGUCAUGUGGUCAUGGCUUGUUCUGAUUUGCAAAACGUAACAUAACUGGAUUAAAAGUGUGACUUUAUUGAGCGAAACAUUUUUAUUUUCUUUCCACUGGCUGUCAAGGCCGUUAUAUUCUGCAGAGAAUAUCGUGUCAAGGAUAUCACUACUUGGCCUGUAAAAUUUAAGAUUUUGGUACCAUCGAAUUAGCAAUGAUAUACAUGUACCUGAAUGUACCUGAAUGUAUUUGGUUCUUGCAUCGUUUAUGAACGAUUUAUGAGUCCAUUAGAUUACAACAUCUUUUUUUUAGAGUUUCAUUGACCUUAGAUGAGUAGUAUAUACGUAUUUAUAGACUCAGUCACCACAAAAACAAAGGUUACAUGGGUAUAAAAAAAAUUUACGGAUGGAAUCGAAUACAAAAUUGUUUAAGGAAACAUUGAGCAGGAAGCGUGAAAAGUAUAAUAGUCCAUUAUUUUGUAUAACUGCAGAUAUAGGUACUAAAAUUGGCAGGAUACUUCUAGAACUUCAAAUGCAUAACACAUGGUUUGAAAGGAAAAAUAAAGUUCCUGUAUUUAAAUGUCUACAAACAGAAAAAUUAUCAAAUUUCUAAUAUAAAAAAACUAGAUUGUGUCCUGGUGAUAUUCCAUCUUUUCCCCAUUUUGCUCCUGUAGUUUUCAUAUGUGUGUAAAAUGUGAAAUUCGCCAAAUCUAUUAAGUUCGUCUAGAAAUUACAAAUUUAUUUUUAGAUAUUUAAUUUAUGUCUAAUAAAUAUCACUUAAGUUAAUCAAAUAGACUUUUAUAUCUACCAGAUUUGGCGACUUUUUAAUUGGAUUUAUAUGUAGAAGGGAUGACUAUUAUUUUGCUAAAAUUUAGAAAACCUGCUGUUGUCGUUCCAUAAAGUAAGAUCUAUAUGAUUGUAGAUAAUAACUGAUUUUGCCCACCUGAGUGGUUAAGUAGCAUUUUUUACUGUUUUUUUUUGUAUUUAUAAUGUUUUCAUGUUAUUCAUCAAAAUAUAAAAUUAUAUAAAUAAUAAUUUGUUGACAGAGGUGCUCUACAGUGUAAUGGCGUUGAGAAUAUAUGAUGAUACGGUUUCUGUAUUGGGCGUUUGUAAUGUAUUUCCUUGAAUAUUUUAUAGGCUUUGAACAGAAGUUAUGAACUUCAAAAUGCAACGAUUCGUUGCACAAACUUUGGACACUUUUUGUUUUCGACAUAGAACAACUCUUGGGUCUUGUAAAUUAUACUUAUUACCAGAGAAUGCAAACGUAUUUUAAUAAUGAAAAUAUAGUAAAAUUUGUAGCUAAUAAUGUGAGUUUAAGUUUAUUAAUUUGACUUACAGAUAUUCAUCAUCUAUUUAUGCAGUUUUGGUCAAUAUAAAUAAUUCAUCAUUUCAAAGCCGAGACAAGACACAAUACAGCGGUAACAAUUAUAACUAUUUGUAGUGUAGUAACUAAAUAAAGUGGCGGAAGACCAAAUUUAUUUCACAUAAAAUUUAUAAGUAUAAAAAGGUCAUGCUACUACACAAGCGUGCACUUAACACAGAUAUAUAUUACAGUGACCUGUGUCGAAAACAGAAUAUGUUCUAAUUUACGCAGUUUCUUCAAAGAAUAAGUCUAAACGUUAUUGUUAGUUAUAAAUAUUGAAUGUAAUUCGAGAAAAGAUUGAUUUUUAAAAUCUAACUAUCCUUCGCAUUAUAUGGUCACUUUACAAAAACAUAAUGUGUAUUUGCACUUUUAUGAUAUCUCUAUAUUUCGGUGUUAUAAUUAUUUUAGCUAUUAUAGAUGGUAUUGAUUCAACAAUAAACGCUGUUGUUCAAAAACUUAUUUGAAAUUCUUUAAAUUGUUAAAAAUUGAGAUAGUUACUAAUAUUAUAUUAUUAAACCUGAUUAAUGGGACUUUGUAUUAAGGAUACAAACGUCUAAAAAAGCCCACAAAAAGUUCUGAAUGUACUGUGAUGCCAAAAUAUAAAGAAGAUUUAUGUAUAAAGUUAAACUUUUGUUAAUUUAUUAUUAAAGUCUA